GUCUGCCGGGUAAUAUGGUGGCGGUACCAAAGGGACGAAAGUUGUAAACGCGAAUGUUAAAUAGACUUAUAAUCCCGAAUUUCGGGAUGUUACUCCCAUUCUUGAAUUUGCAGAUGACACUUCACGAUGUCGGGAAGUUAUAGUUCCCAAAGAGUGUCUCCUGUAAAGGAGAAUUUGCCUGCUGUAGCUUGUUCAAUGUCGAACCUUCCGCCCGAGGCGGAAGAAGGCAAUAUUGAAUACAAGCUGAAGCUAGUCAGCCCUUCCCACAGUCGUUUUGAGCACCUGGUGACCCAGAUGAAAUGGAGGUUGCGGGAAGGUCAAGGGGAGGCCAUCUAUGAGAUCGGCGUGGAGGAUAAUGGGAUGUUGGUGGGCCUGAUGCCGUCCGACCUUCAAGCCUCGCUGGAAACGCUAAACAGAAUGGCCAACAAGCUGGGAGCCACAACGACCAUCUUAAGGCAGCGGAGCCUGGAGGCCGAGGGUGAGGUGGGUGAGGAGAGGAAGGCUUGUGAGGUUCUGGUCAGGAGAAUCCCUGAUGACCAACAGUUCAUUGACCUGCGAGUGGCAGUUCUUGGCAAUGUGGACGUCGGGAAGAGCACACUCCUGGGCGUGCUGACUCAGGGCGAGUUGGACAACGGCCGGGGACGAGCCAGACUCAACCUGUUCCGUCACCUCCACGAGAUCCAGUCAGGAAGAACAUCCAGCAUCAGCCACGAGACGCUGGGCUUUAACAGCAAAGGAGAGGUCAUCAACUACGGAGACAGCCAGCAAGGUUGUCUGACGGCGGAAGAGAUCUGUGAGAAUGCUUCAAAACUGAUCACCCUGAUUGACCUGGCCGGUCACCACAAAUACCUCAAGACGACCAUCACGGGCCUCAUGGGAUAUAUACCGGACUUUGCCAUGCUGGUAGUCAGUGCCAAUACUGGUAUUGUGGGUACCACUAAGGAGCACAUCGGCCUCGCAAUGGCCCUCCAAGUCCCCAUCUUUGUUGUGAUCAGCAAGAUUGACCUUUGCCCCAGCGGCUUGAUCCAGCGGACCAUGGACCAACUGACCCGACUCCUCUCAGGGCCAGGGUGCAAGAAGGUCCCAUACAGAGUGGACAGCGAUGACAAUGCAGUGACGGCAGCCAGGAACUUCAACAAUGGAAGCAUAUGCCCAAUAUUCCUGGUAUCCUGUGUGACAGGAAAGAACCUGGACAUGCUCAAGAAGUUCCUCCACGUUCUCCCGCCGUCUCACAACAGCAUAGAGCAGGAGAAACUAGCACAGGAGCUCACAGAAUUCCAGGUUGAUGAGGUGUACACUGUGCCUGAUGUAGGACGAGUAGUUGGGGGAACGUUAUCGCGAGGCUCUGUGAAGGAAAAAGAGCGGUUGCUACUUGGCCCAAACGAGAAUGGGCACUUCAGUUCCGUCACCGUUCACACCAUACAUAGGAAUCGCACCUCCUGCAGAGUGGUACGGCCCGGGCAGGCUGCCACGCUGGCCAUUGGGGAGGGGGACAAAAAUGUUCUACGAAAGGGGAUGGUGUUGGUGUCCAAGGAUCUCAACCCGUUGGCCUGCAUGGAGUUUGAAGCCUCCAUCUUUGUAUUCUUUCAUGUCACCUCCAUUAGUCAGGGAUUUCAGGCUACUCUUCACAUAAGCAACGUUUGCCAGACUGCCGUUAUCGCUAGCAUGGAUACGGAACGGAUAAAGACAAACGGGCAGGCCACAGUCCGGUUCCGGUUCAUCAAGCAGCCAGAGUUCAUACGUGAAGGUGCCAGACUCCUCUUCCGAGAAGGAACAACCAAGGGCAUGGGACAAGUCACCAGGGUGUUUCCCCACACCCAAGUGGAGCGGUAACCAAGGUUACUGUCUCCUUGGUAAUGCUCUUAUUCAAGAAAGUCGGAAUAUUUUCUUUAUGCAAACCACCGUGAUUCUCUUAAUAUGUUUUAUUCGUCUUUUAAUUUUUACUUUUAACUACAAGACAUAAUUCCUAACACUUUUACAUUAAGUGAAUUUUGCCUUAAAACCUCUUAGUACCUGUUCAAUUUGUGAAAUAUAGAUAUUGUUAAAUAUGCCAGAUGAAGUAUUUUAACCGUUACUUCUAAUGCUUUGCAAAUGAGAACAUAUAGUUUUUAAUGAUCCAAAUUGAAUAUCCAAAGAUUUUACAAUUGUAUAAAGCAUUUAACAAUGACAAAACUCAACCUGUGGAUUGUUAAUCAAUCGUGAUAGGGGUAAUUGAUUUACUUCAAUUUUAAAUCGUCUCAAUAAUUGAAAUAUUCCAAAUGAAACCUCUUCUCUCCUUUAUGAGGAAUUAUCUCAUGUGCAUCACUUAUACUGUAUAAUGCAAAUCUAAGAUUCUUAUUGACUAAGUGAUGAGGUGCAUCUUCAUGUAGGAUUGUCAUUUUUGUCAGUGAACCUCGCAGCCUAACUUUUCUUAUAUGUUCACGUCGAUUUUGAGAUAAAGUGCACUGUUGAGGUGUUAAUACAAGUCCUUUUAUUUUUUUCCCCCAAAAGUGAAGGAAAUGCCAUAGUUCAUUUUUUGAAACAUCUACAGAAGUGAAUUUCUUAAAUGUUUUUUGCAUUACUCUUUAAGGUUGACCACCACUUAACGGACAACCUGAGUGGAAGUUUGUGCUACUGCAACUUCUUACCCCACUUACUUUCAUUACAAAAAGGCAAUAAUUGAUAUUUUCUAGAACGUCCGGUAA